AUGGACAUCUGUACAUCAUUUCUGAAAGCAACAAACAUCAAUUUCCUGCCAUGCCUUCUUGCUCUCAGUGGAAAGCCAGAGGAAGUAUUUCACUGUCAAGCCUCGCAGAUCACAGCAUCGGAACUCUGGAGACAUCAGCAAAGCAAGGAGUUUUACUUCAAGUGUGGAAAACAUCCAACCUCUGAGAGUGACACAUCUGUGGUUUUGAACUUAAUUGCUCCAAACAGACAAAACAUCCCAUGUAUAGCCUGUACUGACACUGUUUCUACUACCGGAGUUUUGGAACCACUGAAAAAGCUGAAAUCAUGCACAGAUUACCAUGCCACUCCUUUUAUCAUUGAUCCAGUGUUGAUAUUUCCGUGUAUGGAUCGACAUGUCAUAUGCUUGGAUUGUUUCCACCUAUAUUGUGUGACACGGCUGAAUGACCGGCAAUUUAUUCAUGACCCGAAACUUGGAUAUUCCCUCCCCUGUGUGGCUGGCUGCCCAGACUCACUGAUUAAGGAAGUGCAUCACUUCAGAAUUCUUGGGAGCGACCAGUACGAUCGCUAUCAGCGCUAUGCUGCGGAGGAAUGUGUGAUACAGAUGGGUGGGGUUCUGUGCCCAAGACCAGGUUGUGGAGCUGGCCUUCUUCCAGAUGUAGGCCUACGCAGGAUUGAGUGUCUGCGACAAAAUGGAAUAGGCUGCGGGUUUGUUUUUUGCCGUGAAUGCAAGGAAGAGUACCAUGAGGAUGAGUGCAAGGGCCUCUCUCUGAGAGAAUACAUUGAGACCAAUCAGGGUUAUGUUAUCAAUCAGCAAGCUGCACAGCGAGCUCUCUGGGACAAGGCCUCACGACAGGCAAUCAAGGAAACAACUAAACCUUGUCCCAAGUGCCAAGUACCAGUAGAGAAGAAUGGAGGCUGCAUGCAUAUGAAAUGCCCCAGACCUUCUUGCCUCUUUGAAUGGUGCUGGUUGUGCAGCAAGGAGUGGAAUCGUGACUGCAUGGGAGAUCACUGGUUCGAGUGAUCUGAACAUGAAGAAAAGAAGCAGAACAAACAUAGAGCUUUAGCAAAGCACAUUAAAUUUAUUAGUGACUAGCAUUAGGCUUAAGGUUUGGUUUGCUCAGCCCUUACACAAAGAAAUUACAAUGAGUCGAAUCAUAGGGAGUCUACCCGCAAAUUCAUGUUAGCAGAAACUCGAGGAGGCCCCUAUGCAACCUAAUUUGCCAAUAAAGACGGUCGUUGUCAAAAAAAUCCCAAAUGAAAACAGAGUAACAUGUAAAAAAUCAUCUUUGUUUUUAAAAACCAAAAGAACUGCGGAUGCUGAAAAUCAGGAACAAAAACAAAGUUGCUGGAAAAGCUCAACAGGUCUGGCAGCACCUGUG